CUUAACAAGCAACUGGCUAAAUUGGAGUCACAAGUGUGCACAAUCUGUGGAGAGUCUCAGGCUGCAACUUUUCUACCUCUGCUUGACUAUAAUUCAACUCAAAUCAUGAUCUGAGCAGCGGGGGAGUACUGGAACGCGAUAUGGAGAGCUGGCACUGUUUGCUGCUGCUGUGCAUGCUAAGUUUGGCUUUUGCCUCUGGAGAGGUGACGAAAAAUGAUGAUGAAAUCGACCUUUCCAGUUUUCUGAGAGGUAUCGUCCCCGGGCUGCUGGUGAGAGACGAGCCGUUCAUCAUCAACUCCGAGAUAAACCCCCUCAAGGAGCCUGGGCGCCCUGAGGUCCUCUCAAUUGCAGAGAAAACCAAGGUCAAACCAGUCAAUCAGGAUACAAACAGGGCCCCUGGACCUGUGGUGUUAACCAAAGAUGGCCAGGUUAAGGGGAUUACUGUAGACAAGGCCCAUAUAUUCUAUGGAGUGCCCUAUGCAGACCCCCCUGUUGGAGCUUACCGCUGGAAGCCCCCAAGAUCUGUAAGUCCUCGGACAGGGGUUUAUGAUGCCUCCUUCCCCAGGGCGUCAUGCAUGCAGGCCUGUAGUGGACCCAUCUCUGCGGAGUGUCCUCGAAUGGUCAGUGAGGACUGUCUCUACCUCAACAUCUUCGUCCCCCUGGAUGUGAACUUCAGCUCCCCUCUGAAGAGUCCACUGCCCGUCCUGGUGUGGAUCCACGGUGGGGAUUUCAUAGCUGGCUCCGCCUCUAAGCCGCUGUACGAUGGCCGCUUCAUCAGUAACUUCACCCACACUGUUGUUGUGAACCUGGAAUACAGACUGGGUGCCUUUGGGUUCCUUGUGUCGGGCAAAGACCCCCACUCCUCGGCUGCAGGGAAUUAUGGAAUCUUGGACCAGCAGGCAGCUCUUCUUUGGGUCCAGCAGAACAUUGCGGUGUUUGGAGGUGAUCCCGGCAAGGUGACAAUAUUUGGGGAGAGUGCAGGUGCUCAGUCAGUGAGUCUUCACCUGAUGAUCGAGAGCAGCAAACCUCUGUUCAAACAGGCUGUCCUGCAGAGUCUGCCCUUCUCCAUCCCUCUGAAGACCAGACACGAUGCCCUGAAGCUGGGAAAAGACUUUGCUAAACAGACCAACUGCUCUGUGAGCAACAUCGUGUGCCUGCUGUCUCUCACUCCACAGGCCGUCUUGGCCGCCCAGAUGAAAACAAGUUCAAAGGUUGUGAACCCGUUCCGGUUCCUGGAGGUUUUUGAGACGUGGGGUCCGUACAUCGAUGGGGAGUUAAUUAAAGAGCAAGCUGUCACUGCCUUCCAGAAGGGCCACUGGCAGAAAGAGAAGCCAGUGCUGCUGGGUACAACUUCAGAGGAGGGUGUGAUCUUUGCCUACGGUGUCUUUACUAAGCCGGUCUCUGCAGUGGAGAGCACUGUGUACAUCACAGCCAUCUUUAAACAACACGCUCUGCGGAUCCUGCACAAGUACCUGCCCCUGUACAGGGACACUGACCGCAGGGGUAUGCUGGCUCAGAUCGUUACCGACUACAUCUUCCUGUGUCCUUCCAGGAGGUCAGCGCGUGCUGGCACCGCGGCAGGCAGUGCCUUGUGGAUGUACGUGUUUGACCACGUGCCGUCAGACCAUCGCGUGUGGUCAGGUCUGACUUUCUGUUACCAGCACGCCUGCCAUGGCGCCGAGUUGCCCUUUCUCUUUGACUCUGCCUCGGUGGCCAACUUCACCCUGUCCACACCGGAGAAGCUAUUGUCCAAUCGGAUGCUGUGCUAUUGGGGCGCCUUCGCCCACACCGGUGACCCCUCCUCACGUGCCCGACAGACGACUUUCUGCCGGGAGCAGCGUCUGCCUGUUUGGCCGCGCUAUUCCGACACCAGCAGCUGGCUGGUCAUGAACCUGACAGUGCGUUCGCAUGCACAGGUGGGAACCAGGGACCAUAUGUGUGACUUUUGGGACCAUCUGGGCAUCUAUUAGUGAGGGGGCAGGCUGGGCAGGGAGGCACUAGGUUACUCUGCAUUUAAGUCAAAUCAACACAUGCUGAUCUUUUUGUUCCUUGAGAUGUAAAUUCAGCUGCCAUGUUCAUCCCGAAAAUUACUUGCAUCAGUAUUAAAUAUGACUUCUUAGGUGUCGCUACCAAGCAGCAGUUCUUUCAGUUACUUUUAGUAACACAAUUUCUAGGGCUGUUAACAUGUUAAUCGUGAUCAAAUUAAGGUCC